GAGUAUCGGUUAACCCCUGCGCUGCCGGACGGGCAGGACUUCGCGGGCCGGAACCCGCGAGUCGGGGCUCCCCAGCCACACCCCUCGCGGGAUUUAAAGGGGCAGGAGGGGCCGGGCCGGGUCGAAGCCCGAAUCUAGGGAGCGGGCAUGAGGCGCUGCCCGUGCCGGGGGAGCCUGAGUGAGGCAGAGGCCGGGGCCCUGCCAGGAGCGGCCCGCAUGGGGCUGGAGGCGCCUCGAGGGGGGCGGCGGCGGCAGCCGGGACAGCAGCGACCUGGGCCCGGCGCUGGGGGCCCGGCGGGGCGGCCCGACGGGGGCGGGCCCCGGGUCCGGAUCGAGGGGCCCAGCCUCCACACCGAGCCCGAGAGGGUCGGCCUCGGGCCUGAGCCGGGGACAGACGGACAGGUUGAGCCCGAAGCAGCUAGCCUGGGAGUGGAGACAGAGCUGCCGGGCCAAAAGACGGAGCCAGACGUAUCCAGCCUCCGGACGUGUCCCGAAAGGAGCAGCCACUGGUCAGAGCUGGAGACAGCCGGUCCCUGGACGGAAACUGGGACAGAUGGCUUUUGGACUGGUCCACACAGGUCUGGCCUCCAGUCUCAACCAGAGAGGGCCAGCCUCUGGAUGCAUCCCAGAGUCGAUGGGCCCUGGACAGAGAUAGAGAUACAUGGGACACAGACGCAACCAGAGAGGGCCAAGACCUGGGCUGAUAACGUCCAGACCCACAAGAACAGGUCCAGCCUCCCGACUCAACCAGAAGGGGGCCGUCCCUCAACAGAAUCCAGUGCUGAUGCCUCCUGGAAAGAAGUGUACACUGAUGGCUCCCAGAUACAACAGGAUACUAAAACAGCCUGGAAGCAGGUUGACACUGAAGAUUUCCCAACACAGCAAGAUACUGUUGGCUCCUGGACACGGUCUGGCACUGAUGGUGCUCAGACACAAGAUAUUCAUGGACCCCAGACAGAACCUGGGACAGACUGUUUUUUGGGGGAGUCCAAGCAGGAUGGCCCAUUAGAGGAACCAGAACCUGGGGAGUUGGGGACUCACCUAUACUCUCACCUGGAGUGUAGCUCCCUGACCCCUGUGCCCCGCCUCAUCAUCACUCCUGAAACACCUGAGCCUGAGGCUCAGCCAGUGGGACCCCCCUCCCAGGCUGAGGGGGGCAGUGGCGGCUUCUCCUCUGCCUCCUCUUUCGACGAGUCUGAGGAUGAUGUGGUGGCCGGGGGCGGAGGUCCCAGCGACCCCGAGGACAGCUCUGGGAACAAACCGUGGAAGAAGCUGAAGACAGUUCUGAAAUACUCGCCCUUCAUGGUCUCCUUCCGAAAACACUACCCGUGGGUCCAGCUGUCGGGACACGCUGGGAACUUCCAGGCAGGAGAGGACGGUCGGAUCCUCAAGCGUUUCUGUCAGUGUGAGCAGCGCAGCCUGGAGCAGCUGAUGAGUGACCCCCUGCGGCCUUUUGUGCCCACCUACUAUGGCGUGGUGCAGCGGGAUGGCCAGGCCUUCAACCAGAUGGAAGAUCUCCUGGCGGAUUUUGAGGGCCCCUCCAUCAUGGACUGCAAGAUGGGCAGCAGGACCUACCUGGAGGAGGAGCUAGUGAAGGCCCGAGAAAGGCCCCGGCCUCGGAAGGACAUGUAUGAGAAGAUGGUGGCUGUGGACCCCAGGGCCCCCACCCCUGAGGAACAUGCCCAGGGUGCUGUCACCAAGCCCCGCUACAUGCAGUGGAGGGAGACCGUGAGCUCGACCUCCACUCUGGGCUUCCGGAUUGAGGGCAUCAAGAAGGCCAAUGGGACCUGCAACACCAAUUUCAAGAAGACCCAGGAGAUGGAGCAGGUGACAAAGGUGUUGGAGGACUUCGUGGAGGGGAACCGUGGCAUUCUGAGAAAGUACAUGGCUCGCCUGGAAGAGCUCCGAGAGGCUCUGGAGAACUCCCCCUUCUUCAAGACCCAUGAGGUGGUGGGCAGCUCCCUCCUCUUCGUGCAUGACCACACUGGCCUGGCCAGGGUCUGGAUGAUUGACUUCGGCAAAACAGUGGCCCUGCCUGACCACCAGACGCUCAGCCACCGACUGCCCUGGGCUGAGGGCAACCGCGAGGAUGGGUACCUCUGGGGUUUGGACAACUUGAUCUGCCUCCUUCGGGGGCUAGCCCAGGGUUGACCCACCUGCCCGCUGCCAGGUUUAUUUAUUGGCUGGUGUCUAUCUGGCUGGUGGUGCCCCAAGAUUGGCCAUGGGGGCACUGACCGUGGGGAUGGGAGAGGUGGCAUUGGAAACCGCACAAGACCGGAUGGAAGGUCUAAAGGGCCUUGGAGACCAGGUAGUGCCCGGCCCUUCCCAUGAUUCGGAGGUUUUAAAGACUGGAGCAGGGGUGUGAGGUGGCUGUAUCCCACAGUGCAUCAGAACCAGACUGGGUCCUCUGCCCAGCCCAGAAAGUUUCUGAGGGGCUGCUGGAGACCAUAACUGAACCGUGAGCCCUGACAGAACACAGUUCAGAUGCCACUGGCCACAGGCGUGACAUGGUACCCGUCGCCAUAGGAAUGAGUGUAAUCACUGCCUCCUUGUCAGCCCCCUCCCGGCUAUAGGCUGGCUCCCAG